UGCUCAGGAAUCCUCAUUGUGGCGCACGCUAGUGGACACACUUUCGAAAGUGUGUCCACUAGCUCGCUUUAAGCGAGCUCAGAAAUUUGGUGCACAUCCCCGUGUCGCCCACGAAAUCCAUACCACCAUCGUUUCACGUAAUGGACGAGAGCAAGAUCAGACUGAGUUGUCAUCACAAUUCCUUCUAUAUACCGCUGGAUGAGAGAGACCAAGAGAAGUCUUCCCGGCAGGCAGUCUCAGCUGUCCAUACAACGCAUGUUCACUUUGUUGUGCAGUAUGAGCAGCAUUGGGCGGCUGUACAACUUUCAAUCUCUCCCUUCGCCCUCGCGGCCUUUCCAGGUCAAACUUUUUACUCAAGUCACUUCCGUUACUCGUUGUGUUGCCAUCCUCCCCCGAGACAUGAUCUCAUCAACAGUGUGGUACAAAGAAUAUACGAUGCUCGCUUUCAUCCAUCUCCAUGGAACUUUUCAGUCAAAUCCUGUGGCACUCAUGAGCCCCGCGGUUUGAACUGCGGUGCAGCAGACAUUACCUGUGCUAAGAAGGCAGAAGAGGCACUCCUCGCCCAUAUCAAAGAUCCAGAUAUACCCGCUCCACCAAGAGAUUCAAAUAUUGAAUUUCCAAGUCGAAACAAGCGCCGAAGACGGGGGGAUUCUCACCUGAGCAGUGGCGAUGACAGUGACAAUCAAGAUGCCGAUGAGGGAGACCCUACCGAGGAGAGUGCGGCCGAUGAUGAACAUCCAGGCCCUGCCGAGCAGAGGCAACGCAGGACAGGAUUACAGAAGAACAAGACCCGGAGCGUGGCCAAGAAGCCGUACGACCCAGUCCGAAUCAUCGCGAACAAAAUUCGAAAUGGGAUCACGAUGAAAAGGGACCAGAUCAGAAACAGACAGGUUGCGCCGGCCCUGCUUGAUACUUCUACAAACCAACCAGAAAGUCCUCAAGCCAAAGAUGUGACGCAUAUCGAACCCAUGAUGGAGCCGGUAACCCAGCAAGUGGCGGAGCACUACAUCGACAGGAUUUGGGAUAGAACAGUUCAACAGGUCAAAGUGACUGAAGAUGAUGGUUGGAAAAUUAUGUUCUACUGCUCGUGUUUGCGCACCUACUUCAACAUCAGGACUAACGACAAGUCCAAGUUGCGGUGGAUGAAUGCGGCUCGCAUAAUCAACUCAAUUGUCAAUGGCCUUUGGGAACAUUGGGGACCUCACGCCCUUUAUGUAUACGAAGCUCUUGCUGGUAAGCAAAGAACUAUAUUUUGGGGAGGAUAACAGAUGCUAGUGAAGAGACGCGGAGUGGUGUUGCAACCGCCGUUGUCAACGGCCUGUCGCGAGAAUGGCUGCCUGGUGAACUUGAAGAAACUACAGUGUUUCAUCCUUUAUUUUUCAUUAGUUGUGUGCAGAAUAUCGAAUAUUCGGAGUUGUGCCAU